GUGGAUAUGAGAAUCUAUUUCAUGGUCUUCACUCUACUGGUGUACAACAAACUCCACUUCUUUGAGGGUAAGAUGAACCAAAACAGGCUGGCAUAACCAUACUACUUAUGGCCUGUGAUUAUUGAUUAUUAGUGUAAAAUCAAGAAAUCUAGCUACAAAAUAAGAUAGUGCUGAAUUAACAAUUUCACUCUAAUAAAGGAGCAUGCCUGAGCAAAAAGCAUUUUUCAGAAUAUCACGCAUGCAAGAUUAACUUGAGCUUGCGUCUUUAUUCUGGAAAACAAAAACCACCGAGGUAUUUCUCGCAACGGGAGAUAUGAAUUGGAAGGGUGGGUGUUGCAUCUCUAGCAAACCUUAAACCAUCUCAGACCAAAAUAUGGGAUUUUGCCCACCCUAUUUCGAACCUCAAGACCAAAACAAAAUUUAUUAUACCCUAUCUUAGACUAGACUGGCCGCUCCAGCGUCAGCCUUUUAGAGGAGGGCCUUAGAAUUACUAUCGAAGCGCCCAUUUGAGGAAAUUAAGCUAUACAUGUGUAAUAAAGGAAAAAUUUCGUUUUUUAAAGCCAUACCUAGACCCAACUGUGCCCCAUUUCAGACCGCAAUGGCUAAAAUCCAUACCAAAUUUCAGAACAAGUGGGCUCACAGACCAAACCAUUUACGCCACACAGACCUACAUAUACCUUAGAUAAGAGAAUCCCCUCGUUCCCCGGUGGCUAAACCUUUUAAUUUCAUUGCAUAGCUACGUGUACAGAUAAUAUUCCUGUUAGUCAAUACCAAUAACAGUGUAGAAAUUCUCUUUCCGUUCUCACCCAUUAUCUUUAAGUAGAAUGUAACUUAGGCCUGGUUCAGACGCCGUACUUUUCAUUUGCCGAACCUAACUGAUUAGAAUAAGUUCGACUUUGGAGCGACAGUGGCGCGACAUCUGAUUCAGACGGCGCACCGUGUGUCGAGUGUAAGUUAAGUCCGACAAAAGUUCGACAGAUUCUGUCGAACUUUUGGCGCACCUAACUAAAACUGCCGUACCAAAUUGAUUCAGACGCCGCUCUUUUGCCGUACAUAUAUUAAUUCAUCAGUUAGGUUCGGCACAAGAGUGGAGCGGCGUCUGAACCGGGCCCUUAAUUAAAUGAUCACACUAGAGUCGCACCAUACUAAUAGGAGGAUCUCAGUGGGGUUUAUCGUUAGCCCUAAAACUGCUAAAAAAUUGUAACAUUCAGUGGCAGGAACGAGAAGAAGAAAAUUACCCGGUUCUGUGACAUUCCGAAAAAAUUGGACAGAUCUUGUUGCGGUGCCCGGAAGCUCGCAAUAUAACAUGUUGGUUGGAAACAUUGAGAAGUCGGUAAGCAAAUUAAUAGUACUGUCUUCCUAGUUCUUUCCCUUCCCAGUCUUUGAACAGCACAAGAUAUAUAUAUAUACUGCCAUCUAACCAUAAUCCUCCCCGUAAAUUGUUUAUAUUACGGUAUUGUAAUAAAAUGUACAAUUUCUUUUUAUGCCCCUUUUUCUUUCAGAAGCGGCGAGCUUUUAAAAGAGAAAUUCAUUUUGAUUUCUAUUUAUUCUUUAAGAUUCGAGAGGCCUUUAAAAAUGAUUCUAAUUUUCAAAAUGUGAGGGUGAUACGAUUGAGGUAGGACACUUGUUUGUUUACUUUAUAUUAUAACCGGUUGACUGAUAGGAGCAUUUUCAAGUAACUUUUGUAUUUUACAUUCGAAAAGCCAACCACAGCGCGCACUUCGAGCCAUCUCUUGUAUUUACUGUUCAUUUAAGAUAUUUCAACGUAUCUGAUUGGGCUAAAGCCCGCGCUUUUUGUAACUGAAAGAAUCACGUGAAAUGCGUAUAAGAAUUUUUCUAUUAAUAGGAAAGUUCGUAUGCAGUUCACUCCAGAGCUUGAGAUAAUAGUUGGCAGAUUGGAAAGCCUAGCAAAUACGAAGCAGCCCACUGACUAAAAUAUCAAAAGACAAAAAAAUCCGAGUGUGUUUGAAGCCUUUAAUUUGGAAAGUUGUCUGCUCUUUGGACUGCAUCUGUACGAAAAAAAAAAUCGGGUCCGAAAACUGCCGAGGAAAAGCAAAAUGUUUAACGAAACUCUACGUAGAUAAGGUAAAUUGUAAUUAUAUGUUAUCAGCUUGAAAAUACUUUAAAACAAGAUAAAAAAAAAAAUGGUCAUCAACUUAUUUUGGCCAGUUAUUAUUAUUAUUAUUAUUAUUAUUAUUAUUAUUAUCAUUGUUGUUGUUGUUGUUAAUGAUGUUGUAUUUAUGUUGAUGAAGUUAUUACGACCACUUUACCGAGCCAACGUCAAACUGGAAAAGUGGAAUUCCUUGUUCACUUGUCCUCGUAUAUAUCGAGAAACUUCGGUAAUAGAUUACCGUUUUGUGCGAGAUAACAACGAUAUUUUGCCUUUAACCUACAUGUGCAGGAAACUCGAGGGAACUAAAAAUUCUACGGUGCACAGAAAUCUCGCAGUGGAUUUUCAGUUGGAAUUUAACAACCAGGCUCUAGCAAGAAGCAGUGUUCGUCAUGUUUUCUGGGUGAUACAAAAUGGUACUUUGGAUGGAAUACCACUUCAAAAAGGAUCGUCAUUGCUGCAUGGGCUAGGUGGGUGUAUUUGAAAAAGUAGGAAACUGCCAUUUUCUGAGAAAACUAACAGCGUGCUAUUCACUUGCUUGACCUUUGCGAUUUGCAUCUUGUUUCGGGUGGGUCUUCUUUCUCUCUCCUUUUAUCUUCUUCUCCAUGCUGUAUCCUUAUCAUUUUCAUCAUCAUCAUCAUCAUCAUCAUCAUCAUCAUCAUCAUCAUCAUCAUCAUCAUCGUUAUUAAUCAUUAUCAUUAUCACCAAAUGAAUGAUCUCAAGGAAAGAUAUUCCACAAUUUGAAAAGACUAUUUUGGACUGAAUUUGGAGGGAAUUCGUUUGAAUACUAGAGCUGACAGGAAGGCAGGAUUAGCACAGUCAAUUUGUGCGCGGCAUGUUGUGCGGGAGGUCCCGCCCGACUUCGAAUCUCAGGUGUGACCUCAAAGACUUUUUUCCUUUCCGGUGGAUUGAAGUAGCUUUAAAUACCCGUAAGACGGGGCACUGAUGGAGAGGGGAAGGGGAGAGGUAUAAAGUGAGCGCACCUUCGGCUUUAGGUUUUUCAGUCAGAUGACUAUUUCGAGCUACUGUCGUAAAAUAAGGAUUCUUUACUCUUUUUCACAUAUUCCGGCCAACGCCCUAAGAUUCACCCAAGUGCAACAGUUCUCCCACUAUCAUGUACUGACACACACUUUUUCUUUUCAGCUUUACCAGUGUUUCCUAAUAAGUGGCCAUCAGGGGACUACGGUCUCCCAAAGCCAACUUCAGGAUGUCCUGAUAAAAACUGGAGAGAAGGUUUUAGAUAUCAAGACUCUGAAAAUGUUCAAAAUACGAACUUGAUAUCGAACGGAAGCCAUCUCUCGGGAAGAGUGAACCAACAUGGUGUUAGACAGGAAUUCUGUAUGCACCAUGAUACACCUGCAGGUGAAUCCAUCCCAUGGCCUCGGGGAAAGUAUUGCAUUUAUAAGAAAGAAGGAAAAUGUCCACUUGGCUUAAGCGAGGGUACGUUGAAAAUGAUAAAUUGAGAAUACCAGCAGGGACUGUUUUCAAUUUGAUACUGCUCGCUAUAUUUUCUUAUUCAAAACGAUUAAAUUUUAUUCGUUUUAAAGCUUUCAAAAAAGUAAUAAGCUAAAUGAGAUUGCUUGAAUAGCUCGUCCUCGGUAAGAGAAGCUUAAGGACUGCAAAAUUUUAAUUAAAAAAUAACUAAAAUUGAAGUAAAAUAAUCAAAACAAAACAAACCAAACAAGCGUUUACCUGCCGGGACCUUAACUUGCCCCUGACUGUAUUUUCUUUAGGCAACUUUCAUGCCCUAUGAUUUAUCUCUUAAUAUUGUUUCAGGUUGGAUUCGAUGGGAUGAUGAAAACACGAAAAUAGACUUCCCAAAUUCUCUGGGAGGAGAUCUUCCUGAUGGUAUAUAUGGGCAAAAUACCUUGAUUUAUUUUUGUUGUAGCAUAUCGGGAAGGAAGUCAGCUGCUAUUUCCUUGCCGUAUAAAACUCCGUUUUAUUUGAUCGCCUAUGGUUCAUCUGAAUGCCAACAAGUCCGCUAUCACAAGGCAAGUUUCUGCUUCAAAUUCAACUCUAGUGAAUUCUAAUUCUCCGAUAGAAGAUACUGAAUUAGCUAAGUCAGGAUAAAACAGAUAAAAGCACACCUACUUCAAAUUCGAAUUCCUUGUUACAUCUAUAAACGAGAAACAACCUCGUCCCCAGGGCGCUUUUCCAUGGCUUUGGAGGAGCCAGGGAAAAGCGCCCUGGGGACGAGGUUGAACGAGAAAAGGAGCCUAUUACAUUUUGAGGUAAAAUUGGUUCCAGACAAUGAGUAAUAUAAACUGUCUGUUCAACUGUCUAGUUAGAUAAAAUGAGUUUUCUGCAGCUUUUGUAGAUCAUCAUAUAUAAAGUCAGCUAUUCUUCCAAUUAUUUUCUGAUUCGAGAAACAACAAAAAUUCAAUUAUUGAGUUAGUCUUCUCUCACUGUGCCUGAUCCCUCAUGGUGGCCAGCGGUUACGUUUAAGGUUAAAUUUGAUUGGUUGGGGAUUGAAAGAUUCUUCUCCUAAUAGCACCUUAUCUUGGGCUGCAUCGUGAAAGUUAUUGCAUAUUGUUGUAUAUGUACAUUAAUUACUUAAGCGUAAAGUCAACUGGUUAUUUUCUCCUCUACACAGGUUACUUCGGAAUAUCUUCAAUUUGACGACGAAGACCAAGAAAAUACUAAUUCGCAUAGCAGAAUAUCACCUUAUGGAGCAUCAGAGGAUCCUUAUAACAACCGUAUAUACUACUGUUACUAUCAGCCAAGUAAGUCAUUCUUGUUUGAGCUUUUGAGAUAUCGAAUCCGUGGUGUAUAAUGAAGACACUGUGAUAAGUCAAAUCAGGAUUGUAACUCCUGCUAAUCAAGCGACUGCCAAUCUAUUAUUCAGUUCCUUGUGAUGUCAUUGCUGACGCUGCCUGCCCCAACCGAGAUCCAAUCACGACGGAAAUGGAAGAAAGAAUCAAGGUGUUGUUACACAAAGACCUCUUACGUAGUCUCGGAACUUGCAGCUUCUAUUAUACUGUUAUGUUAGCUUGUGGUUGUAGAAAGAAUGGUUGUCUGGAGUCACCAUCCUUGGUUUUUCUUGAUGGGCAUAAGCAACUCAAGAGAAUUCUACUGCUCGCGCGUCUGCCAGGAAAAUCCUUCAGUGCAUGCAGGCCUCAUAUUUUCUUUCCAGUACCGGAUCCAGACCUUGAGAUAAGGGGGGUGGGGGGCGGGGGGUUGGUCAUCUAGACUUUUAGAUAAGAGUGGCCCAUUUCUCCAAAAAGAAAUCUUUUCAGCCCUUCGGGUCUUAGUUUGGUCUAAAAUAAGAGGGGGGGGGGGGACCUCUUCCUAGAUCCGCCAUUGCUUUCUACCCUGUGAACGUCGAUGAUUGGUUUCACUUCCCUUUAUCUUUCAAAAAUUAAGUUUUGCUUGAUGAAAGUCUGAUUUACAACAGAUAUCCAAAACUAGCCCCACUCUUAUUUUAUUUUGCAGGUAACAGUUGUGCCAGAGAAAACCACAACUCGAGCUACUAAGUUUAUGAGUGGGAGCGGAGUGGGGAUUUUUCUGAUGGGCACUGCAUUCAUAGCUGUAUUUGCAAGAAGAUUUAUAACGCGAUCAAGAGCGAUUUAG